AUGGCAGAGGGGCAAUCCGUGGAGGAAUUCCCUUUAGGGCAGCACGCGCAGGUCUGCGGGCUUUCUGCCAAGCCAGAGCUGAACGACGAGUAUUGCGUCUCGAAGGGCGUGAAUCCGGACAACUCCGAACGGCUCUUGGUCACUCUCCGCUCGGGCAAUCAGCUCUCCCUGAAGCCCACGAACUUGAGGGCAGCAGAGCUGCUGCCCGGGUCUCUGGUCUGUGUCGUUGGCUUGUCGAGCCAGGCGGGCUCCAAGCUCAACGGCAAAGAGGGCGAAGUGCUUAGCUGGCAUGGAGAUCGAUGGAUAGUGGACAUGAAGGACACGGAGCCUAAGGAACGAAAAUCGUUCAAGCCGGAGAACCUCGUCAUCGUGCCGGAGCGGGUGACGAAGAAACGGAAGGCCGAGGAGCCGCCGCCGGAAGAGAAGAAAAUAAAGCUGUCGGAUCUCCGAGACCUGGAAUCCUCGGACGAGACCGUCGUGGCGAAAUGCCUGCUCCGAUUGCUUCGGGAGUUUGAGAUCGUCGCUCAGAAAUGUGUUUGUGUGCUCGCGACGAAGACGAGCAUGACGGUCAUGAACGAGCUAGCGGCGCACAUCACCGACAAGCAGGCUGACGGUCUGCUCCGUCGACAGCUAAAGCCGAACGAGAAGGUCAAGGGCAUCGAGGAGCUGGAUGCUCAAGAGCAAGCAGUGCUGCUCUGCGAGAAGAAAGUUCGCUCGCUAGCCAACUCUGUGCGCAUUAACUACUGCGAUCUCUAUGGCUUCCUCAAGCACGGCUUCAAAGAGCCUGCCUUCAAUCGGAAGAAGCCGAUGAUGUGA